UCAGUAACCGGGUAUAACUUAGAGUGCGCAUAUUUUAUGUUCAUGAUCGCUGACAACUCAAAGAGCUUAGCUCAAACAUGGGCAGAUCAAGCAAAUCCCUCAAAAAUGCUCUAAAUUCUCAGCAAUCGCGAUUGAAAGUCAAAGAAAAAGCGUCUCAUGCAGCCCAAAUAGCAGAGCAAAAAGCUCGAAAGCUGGCUGGAGGACCAUCAGCGUCUAGCAGAUCUAAAGCAAAUCAAACCACAGGGCAAAGGAAUGAAAUUAUACGCGCCCCAGGGAAAGGGAAGAGGACCCUACCUUCAACGCAAAAGCCAACUAUACCAUUCCAACCUACCGAUACUAUCCUUUUAAUCGGUGAAGGUAAUUUUUCCUUCGCCCAUGCUCUGGCUCGACCGUCACCUUCAAAAGCGGAAUUGGCGCAUCUAGCUCAUCUACCAUCGCAGAAUAUUACUGCAACUGCGUAUGAUACCGAAGAAGAUUGUUAUGCCAAAUAUCCCGAUGCAAAAGACAUUGUCGCGGACCUUCGGGGGUGGGGAGUUGAGGUGCUAUUCAGUGUAGACGCUACAAAGCUCGAAUGGAAUACAGCGUUCAAGGGGCGGAGAUGGAGCAAGAUUGUUUGGAAUUUUCCUCACGCGGGAAGGGGCAUCAAUGACCAGGAUCGUAAUAUCCUAUCAAACCAAACGUUAAUUUUAGGCUUUCUACACUCUGCCGCAAAGUUCCUGAAGCAGGGACCAGUACCAUCUGUUGCGGGACGGAAGAAACAAAAAGCUAGUGAUGAGGAUGAGGAUGAAGACGAAGAAACAGGCGACGACACGAGGGAUUCUCUCGAAUCCGGAAGCUGUAGAGGCACUAUUCUAAUCACUCUUCGAAACGUUCCACCAUACACUUUAUGGGAUGUACCCAAGCUAGCAAAGAAUCCGCCCUCCUUGGCACAUGGAAGCACAUCUUCCAAUCCCCGCUACAUUAUCCUCAGGUCUUUUGUUUUCCAUCGAGAAAUCUGGGAUGGAUACGAACAUCGUAUGACUAAAGGGUUGAGAGCCCAUGGGACUGGCAAGACGGGCGAAGGAGGAGAGGAUAGGACUUGGGAAUUCUGUUUGAGGGAUAUCCCGGACGUUUAAAUCCUGUGUAUUUUCCUUAGACCAUAAUCGAUAUAGCAAGU